AUGGGCAACGUCAUGGAGGGUAAGUCGGUGGAGGAGCUGAGCAGCACCGAGUGCCACCAGUGGUACAAGAAGUUCAUGACCGAGUGCCCCUCCGGCCAGCUCACCCUCUAUGAGUUUCGCCAGUUCUUCGGCCUCAAGAACCUGAGCCCGUCGGCCAGCCAGUAUGUGGAGCAGAUGUUUGAGACCUUUGACUUCAACAAGGACGGCCACAUCGACUUCAUGGAGUACGUGGCGGCGCUCAGCCUCAUCCUCAAGGGCAAGGUGGAGCAGAAGCUGCGCUGGUACUUCAAGCUGUACGACGUCGACGGCAACGGCUGCAUCGACCGCGAGGAGCUGCUCACCAUUAUCCGGGCCAUUCGAGCCAUUAACCCCUGCAGCGACUCGACCAUGACUGCCGAGGAAUUCACAGAUACGGUGUUCUCCAAGAUUGACAUCAACGGGGAUGGGGAACUAUCCCUGGAAGAGUUCAUAGAGGGUGUCCAGAAGGACCAGAUGCUCCUGGACACGCUGACACGAAGCCUGGACCUUACCCGUAUCGUGCGCAGGCUCCAGAAGGGCGAGGAGGAGGAAGAAGCUGGCCUUGGGGCAGCUGAAGCGGCCGGCUGA